AUGAUCACCGCGCGACAGGCUAGCGCAGACCUGGGAUUCGUUGGCGACAUCUCGAGUAUCGAUACGACUGUCGUCAAAGGGCUGGUUCGUGACGGGAUCAUCCCCGUUAUUGCAACGGUGGCGGCGGAUUCUGAGGGGCAGGCUUAUAACGUGAAUGCGGACACGGCGGCUGGGGAAAUUGCGGCGUCGCUGGGAGCGGAGAAGCUCAUUCUGAUGACGGACGUGCCGGGUGUGAUGAUCGACCCGAAGGACUUGGACAGUCUUGUGAAGGAGGUGGACAUCAAGGGCAUUCGCAAGCUGAUAGCAGAUGGCAUUGUAAAGGGAGGCAUGAUUCCCAAGGUGGAGUGCUGCGUCCGGUCUCUCGCGCAGGGCGUGCAUUCCACCGCCAUUAUUGACGGCCGCAAGCCACACUCGCUGCUGCUCGAGGUGCUUACAGAUGAGGGUGCUGGCACCAUGAUCACCGGCCCAGCCUCGGCUGUUCCGAGACUAACAGUAGUGUGUGCGCUCCGGCCCGAGAAAUGGGACGCCACCGUCUACGGGAACCUUUCGGAGCGUGCUAUGAAGGAGCGGCUCCAGGCGGAGGGUUACAGUGUUACCCGUUAUGCCUUCCCCCCUGGCACGGAGUUCCCGGAGCACUCGCACGGCGUGCACAAGAAAGACAGCAUUCUGUCGGGCCGCUUCUUAUUCCGCAUGGACGGCACAGAUGUGAUUUUAGAGGCGGGUGAUUGCAUCUAG